CGGAGAGGCGGUGGCGGGGCAGCGCGCUGCGCCGCCGCGCCUGUGCCCGGUGGCGCGGAGUGAAGCGGAGCGAAGUGGAGAUGCCUUUUGAUUGCAAGACUGCUGCGAUGUUCUGAAGGCUGCCUCUCUUUUCCUAACCAUGAACAGUUCAAAAUCACCAGGGCUGGCUGGAUUUGGAAAUUUGAAAAACACUACCUGCCACACAGAGAAGAAGAUUUCAGUUUUCUUUUCAAUAAUCUUCAUGACAGUGGGGAUUUUGUCCAACAGUCUUGCGAUAGCAAUUCUCCUGAAGGCGUACCAGAGAUUUAGGCAGAAAUCGAAAGCCUCCUUUUUGCUUCUUGCGAGUGGUUUGGUUGUCACAGAUCUCUUCGGCCACCUCAUCAAUGGAGCCAUUGCAGUGUUUGUGUAUGCAUCAGAUAAAGACUGGAUUCGAUUCAACCAGUCCAACAUUCUUUGCAGUGUUUUUGGCAUCUGCAUGGUUUUCUUUGGUUUGUGCCCACUCUUAUUGGGCAGCGUCAUGGCUGUUGAACGAUGCAUUGGAGUCACUAAGCCAAUAUUUCACUCUACAAAAAUGACUUCUAAACAUGUGAAAAUGAUGUUGACUAUGGUAUGUCUGUUUGCUGUUCUUAUAGCUUUGCUGCCUAUUCUUAGGUUUAGAGCCUAUCAAAUUCAAGCAUCGAGGACGUGGUGCUUCUAUAAAACAGAACAUGUUGAGGACUGGGAAGACAGAUUUUAUCUCUUACUUUUUUCUUGCCUUGGGUUACUGGCCCUUGCUAUUUCGUUCUUGUGCAAUGCUGUGACAGGAAUUACCCUCUUAAGAGUCAAAUUUAAAAGUCAACAAAGACAAGGCAGAUCUCAUCAUUUUGAAAUGAUCAUUCAGCUCUUGGCAAUAAUGUGUGUUUCUUGCAUUUGCUGGAGUCCAUUCCUGGUGACAAUGGCCAGAAUUGGGAUAAAUGAGAGUGAUUCAAAGGAGACCUGUGAAACAAUACUUUUUGCACUCCGAAUGGCAACGUGGAAUCAGAUUUUAGAUCCCUGGGUGUACAUUCUUCUCCGUAAAGCUGUACUUAAAAACCUGUACAAAAUCACAAGGGGAUGUUGUGGUGUGCACAUCAUAAACUUACACAUGUUGGAACUCAGCUCCAUCAAAAAUUCUUUGAAAGUUGCAGCAAUAUCUGAGUCGCCAGUGAGUUCCAGACAAAUCAACCUGCAGCCGCUCAGCUCUAUGGGGCAAUAAAAUUAAGCAGUAUCUGAAAGAGGUGACGGAGGCAACACUCAUACUUGGGCAGUACUUUACAAUUAAUGCCAAAGCUCAGUGGCUUGGCAUUUGAGUUGUGACUGGUUUGCUCUUGUUGCUUAGCAGUGUGAUAUUGCUACUCCGAAAUAUGCAUUUGAAUGUUUCAAAUCCCUUUAAAAUAAAUCCUUUCCCAAACAGGUAGAUUUUUGAUAAGUCAUCCUCUGUUUCUCCCUUCCGGACACUAAAGUGAAAAGGGUUCCUAACAUUGUUCCCCACCAAAUGCUUUAUCUUAGCAGGCUUCUUAACAACACGUGGAAGCGUGAAAGUGAUCUCUGAGGUGAUUUUUAAUUUACCAGUGAUAACCCAAAUAUGUUUCAGAAUCACUGCUUCCUAGGGUAAAGUCCAACAUCCUGUCUAUGAGAAUAUUCUUUGCUUCUAAGCAUUGAUUUUUCCAGUUGGAUAUAUAAAAAGACAUUUUGCUUGUGCUCAGCUUAUGAAAUGAUCUGGUUUGCUUGGUUCAGUGACUUGACCUCUUAAUUAUUUACUGUUCAUGUGAAUUUCUGGGGACAGCUGCAAACCUAAUCAGUGUAAGCGUACCUUUCAAAUCACUGACUAAACAUGGGGUUCCCUAUGGGAAGACGGAGGCAGAUCAGCUCAAAUUGCUCAUAGUAAUAUUUUCAGGUCUAUCAGUGAGUUUUCAGCCCUUUCAAGAAAUGUUGUUUAACCUAACAGUCAUAAAGUUGUGCUUAGUCUGUAAAGAGAGUAGGAUUUUCCCCUUCCAAAAAGAAGGAAGUUUCUGGAAAUGUUCCCCUAAUGUAUAUACUGGAAUGCUCACAAAGUACAUCUUCUUCCAUUGUCAGAGGUUGCACAUCUCAUUAAAGAUGUGUGUGACCAAAUGGGCACCUCUCCAGGUAACUGCACUGGGAGUAUAGUUUUGUUGGUGAAAACAAACUGUGUGCUCAAUUGUUGCAGGGACUGUGUCUGAAGAGCUGAGAGCGUUCAGUAUACUUGAAGGUACCAGAGAGUUUCCAGGUCUUUUCACAGGAGCCCUUCAUCUUUAGUGCUGCUAAAAAAAGCUUUGUGGUUUUAUGACAGUACUCUGUUCAGAAACAAAAAUGAGAUUAUCAGAGACUUUGUAGCAGAGGGAUUGUUUCAAGAUAGAAAUGUCUAUCUUUUACUGAAAUACAUUAGUGAAUCGCUGGUGUAUUUAGGCAAAGUAGUUAAAAACUGAUUCACAAAGAAGACAAUCUGAGGGACCAAAAAUUAUUCACAGAUGAGAAAUCCAUGUUGCAUGUGAGGAUAGUUUAAAAUAGAAAAUAAAACCCCAAAAGGUUUAAAUAUGUUUUUUUUUGUUUGUUGUUUGUUUGUUCUAAAAGCUAUUUCCUUUUUGUUUUAAAAAGGUUGAAAAAUAAGUGGGUUAAGUAACCCGGUAAUGAAAUGACUUCAUUUACCCUAAGGAAUUCCUGUAUGUGGUUUGUUUUCUCAAAGAGCUGAUAAACCAUAGACAUAUUUGAUGUUGGUGUAAGCUCUGCACUGUUGCUUUAUGUGAGUUCUGCUGAAAUCUGGAAGCAUUCAGUCAGUGCUCAGUUUGGCUUUUUUGUUUCAUAGAAUGUGAUGCCAGUGUAUCUGCUGACAUAAAUUAUUUGUUCUUUAUGGGAGAUUGUUGUUUUAAGAGCUGCAAAAAAAAAUGUUGGUCUGUAAAUUGUUAAAGUAUGUGAUUGGUGAAUGAAGCUCAUCAAUGUUCCAUUUUGUUAUGUGAAUAAAUGUAUCUUGUGUAGUUCAUAAUGGUUGACUUGUAAAACAAAGAAACAAGUUUGUAUGUAUAUGUGAUUUCUUAUAUUUUGUGUACUAAUACAUAGUGAAUGUAAAUUGCAAAGCCUCAUUAAAGUUAUC